UCAUCGUCAUGCCAUGUCAGAUGUACUCUGUUGUGACCGUUGCGAUGCACUCUUUCAUGAUUGAAGACAUGAUGUUGAUUUUACUUUUUAAACAAAAGCAGAAAGUGUAAGGAGGAUUAUUUGAGUUGUAGAAACUCAAACUAUUUUGUAAAUACUGUAAAAGUUUUAAAAAUAUGUUGUCAGUGAUUUAGCAAGUUUAGGUUACGUAAAUACAAUGGCAAGUAUGCAGGGAGAGGUUAGGAAUCCCUCUACGUCUAGCGGAGCUAGAGGGGAUAGUCAGUUGCGACCACCCAUAUCUUACGAAGAAAUUGCGAUCAAACUUAUAAAUGAGAAGCUUCUGCUAACAGCAUUAGAACUGCACGCAGAAUUAUGCGAGGCAAACAAGGAGUUGCCAAUCCUAAGGGAUUUCUUCGAAAACCCCAACAAUUUCACGACUCAAAAUAUUAAACCGGAACCCUUUCAAAAUUUGCCUAGAUCUGCUAGUCAGGCAACAUUAGACUCUCUCGACAUGACGAGGUUUUCCGAAGACGGCGGAGGAGUCGACGAAAGAGUAGCAGUUUUAGAAUUUGAAUUAAGAAAAGCGAGGGAAAAUAUCAGCUCUCUUAGGGCAAAUCUCACAGUUGUUACAGAAUGCGAAGGGACUAGUCCAGAUAAAGGGUCAGAAAAGAAUGUCCCAAAGGUACCGUCCAUCAAACCACAUGAGCAGAGAGCCUUGAAUUACUUAGUGAAUGAAUAUUUGCUCGCUCGUUCUUGCAAAUUAACUUCGAUCACCUUCAGCGAUGAGAACGAUGAUCAGGAUUUUGAGGAUUGGCAGGAUGUUGGCUUAAACAUCCCGAAGCCCCCAGAAUUGUUACAAAUUUAUAGAGAAUUUAUGAGAGCCAGUGGGCGUGAUAAACCACCUUCUGUAGAUAUGGCCAUACAAACUGAUUCAGAGUCUGAAAAUAUCCAAAGAAGUGAAAAAAAUGAGUUGGAAGAGGUCAAUGGUUUGAAGGGAGAAGCAGUUAGAUUCGAACAAGAGAAAACAGAUUUUCAAAACAUUUUAACGAACAGAAAUUUCCCAACUGUAGUUGAGGGUAGUUGCGGGACUUUACAGACAUUUAAUUCAACUUCAUCAACACCUGAAAAAUUUGAAUUGUUGGAAUCUCCGCCGCAAAAUGUAUCUAAUACCACUCAGAAUCUUGAAGAGGAUAGUGUAUCUGUUGUCGUAAGUAUUGGUGAAACUGAUCCUGGUGACAAGGACUGGACCAGGAUUCAAUUUUCAAACACUGAUAUUACCGAGAGUUCGGUGAACUUGUUACAUUCACCAUCUAGUUCCAGACAUUUACCUGCUAACUUUAGAAAAGAAGUGAUGAAACACUGCCUAAUUCCUUUGUCAGAUUCUGUUAGCAUAAUGGAAGAACCAUUAAAAGACGGAAUAACGAAAGAUACUUUAGUAGAAAUUUUAACGCGUAUGUUGCCAAGAAUAGCUCCUAAUGUUAUUUUAAAUAAACGCGAAGAACUGAUACCUUUGAUAUUGAGUGCUGUCAGGUUGCAGAGCAGCUCUGUCGGAAAGGAUAAACUCUUGCAACUUUUGUUCAAUUUGAAAAAGAAGCCACAAGAAGAUGAGAGACGAGUCAUUUUAGGAGGUUUAGUGGCAAUGGCAAGGCUAAAUAAUGGUUUGACUGAAAACGAGGAAAUUUUGAAUCUCUGUUGGGAGCAAAGUCAGCAUAAAUACACUGAAAGAAGGUUGUUGGCGGCCGAGUGCUGUUCCGUACUUGCUCCAUUCACUUUUAGUGGAAUCAGAAAUUCUCUAAUGCUCUCGAUGCUUCAGCAAAUGUUGCUAGAUGAUAAGGAACCUUUAGUUAGAACUACCGUAGUCAAAAGUCUUGCUUUACUUGUUGCUCUUAUGGAUGAUCCUGACAAGUACUUUCAGUGCGAGGAAUUAGCGGUAACAGCACUGAAUGACGUGGCCUUGGAAGUCGUCGACGCGGCUUCUUCUGUUCUUAUACCCAUAUUGGGUCAGUGGGCUCUUUCUUUAGAACGCUUAUUAUCUCAUCUUCUACCUCGCAUAAUAGGAAAACUGCAUAGCCAGUUCAAAUCAAGCCAUCCUUCUAGUAAUAAGGAGCAAUCUGAUGGAGAGAGAAUUGUCGCUUCUAUUGGAGUCUUGCAGUAUCUUUUACCUCUAGCAAUUGUUUGCACUGUAGAUAAUGAAAUCGUUCGAUCUUUAACUCAAGAAGGGACUUCAGCAGAAUUACCUUUAGAAUUUUCAAGCCUGUGUCAUUCGACAAUGAUUGAUCCUAAGGUAUUUUACGAGAGUGACGUAGAUGUGGGCGUGCUUCUAAAUACUUUCUUCAUAAAUACAUGGGAAAAUGAUACGUGGCCGGAACUGGAAUGGCUCACAGAAAAACACAUACCAGAACUGCUAGAAAUAUUAGCUUCUGUUAACGUUGCACAAGAAAGUGUCCUAAACGGCCUUUUAACCUACCUCGAGUCAUUAUGUUUAGGAUUCGGACGAUACAUUACACGAUCGAAGAUUCAGUCAGUGUUUAUGCUUCACGUAGAUGAACUUGAAAAGCAACUAUUGGAACUUUCCUCUGAUAAGAGAAAUCUCAGUCUCUCUUUGAUCCCAGCGUAUUUGAUAGUUCUUUCAACUUUAGACUGUACAGAACUCUCAAUUUCCUUGAAACAUUUCCUUGUCGCAUUGUCGAUGAGCGGAACGAGUGUUGCUAGUCUGCAAUUGGCAGUUGUCAGAUUAUGCAGACAGGUCGAAAUGCAGGGAUACGUUCUCAAGGGACUUUGGGAUGGAGUCGUGCAUCAAAGACCAAGUGUAAAAUGUGCAACAGCUAUCUUGUUUGGAUCUGUUAUACCCCUUGUUUCUGAGCGAUUAGCAAAUGCAAAAGUAGCUCCUGCUAUUAUAACACUAGCUACUGAUUCUGAUGUAACUGUAAGAGCUGCUGCGAUACCAAUUCUUGGUCGUCUUGUAACAGAAUGCGGGUCUAAAGAAGCGAGAGAAAAGGCUCGAUUGACUCUAGAGACAAUUGCUAGAGAACCUCAAGGUAUUCCGUCCUCAUUAGCAGUACCUUUGGUUUUAACCUUAGCUUCCAUUGCACCGAAUUGUCCACAAAAAUACGUUGAGGAUGUGAUAGCAACGCAGCUAACUGGCAUUACGGCUUCGGCUUUGCAACAAACUCGAAAGAUUGAAUUAGCUAGCGCUUUAAUCGACGCUUACUCGGUUUUAGUUUAUUGUCCCUUGAGCAAUCAAUGCGUAUCUGGUGUGCUUUUACCUGGGUUAAAGUACCUUGAUAUUUUAAUUAGUACAGUUCUACCUCAUCAAAAGGAAACUAUGCGUUCACUGUUGAGAGAAGCAGAAUCUCGACAAGAUCUCCCGAAACCGAUGGAAAGGUCGGCUUCGUCUAGUUCGGGUUUAUCAUUAUCGUUAGCGACAGCGAAUGUAGGACAAGGUGUAGAAGAUAUGCGUCAGAGAGUGAGUAAAAUAUUUCAGCAAAAGACCUCUCCAAGUUUACCAAGUAUUUUUCGGAAGAAAUAAUUUGUUGUUAUUGUUAUGAUUUUUAAAGAAAGUCUAGUUCUCUCAGAAUUCAGGAAUAUAUUUUUAAUCAGAUGUAAUAUAUCAGUUGUAGGGUUAUCUAAGUUAUCUUUUAUUGAAAAUUUUGAAAAAAUGGAAUUUAAUUUUUAAAUUUGAUAAAUCUUUUAAAGUAUCUGUAUACUUGAAAGUUAAGGCAUCUAAUUCAAAACAUUACAAAGUGUCAGUUUAAUGUUUAAAGCCAGUACACUCAACUCUCGAUAUAAGAACACCCGGUUUGCGAUACUCCUAAAAUUGAUGACCUCUGCACUUUUGUGAUGAGAGGAGCCAUGGGGCUGAAAGAGAGGAUGUGUUUAUUCAAGCAUGAUAAAUAGCCAAGGCAAGCCAUGCUCUAAACUGAUCUUAUGUCGGGAGUUGAGUGUAUUUGUUUCAAUUAGGCACAUCAUAAAUCUUUUUAUACCUUUUAAAAAGCGCUAUAUUUCAGAAUUUGUGUUUAUAAUUUGUGGUUUCAUUACCACUGAAUACUAUUUCUCUCGUCCAUUUUGAUUUAUGUUUUACAGGGUGCCCGUUAUAUGAAGAAUCAACAUUUUUAAAUUUCUAAUGUACUCCUCAAAUUUCUUCCUUCUUGUAAAGAAAUGAUUUUCUACUUUUUACUUUAUUUUGAAAAAAUUAUAUAAGGUUCUCAAUUGGUCAUUUUAGCUCCUCCUUUUUUUUAAUUUCAUUGUUAUAAAGUACAAUUUUAAGAAUAAAACAUCCUUUCAUUU